GCUCUGUGAGUGGUGCCGUCACGUCCGGCGCCGCUCUGCGUGGCGCAUGCGUAGACGGCGCUGUGGUGGUGGUGGCCGCGGAGGAGACGACGCAGCGCGAGUUACCGUCAGGCGCGCACCACCGCGGCGGAUUCAUCAUCGUCCUGUUGCUGCUGCUCGUCUCGCCUCGCCUCCCCCCUCGUCUCUCGCCCUCUCAUCGCAACCGCGCGGGGCACAGCUCCAUCGCCGCGCCGCGAGCCAAGGACGAGCCCGGCUGAGCCCUGAAGACGCGGGAGGAGACCGCUUGGUUGAGGUGGAGGGAGAGAUGAACUUCUUGCGACGGACCUUCACCAGAGGUCCGGUCCGUCCGCCGGGCCAGGGACCGGGCCACGGGCACGUGCAGGGCCAUGUCCAUGGGCACGGCCACGUGCAGGGCCAUGUCCAUGGGCACGGCCACGGGCACGGCCAGGGCAAGGCCGGCACCGUGGAGGCCGCGGCGCACAUCCCCGCGGCUGGGGACGCGAGGGACCCCAUCACUUGCCGGGUCUCGCUGCUCGACGGCUCCGACAUCACCGUGGAGCUGCCGAAAAAGGCGGUGGGCCAAGACCUCUUUGAUCAAGUGAUGUACCACCUGGACAUCUUGGAGGUCGACUACUUUGGCCUGCAGUUCAUGGACUCGGCACAAGUCUCCCACUGGCUGGAUCACACCAAGAACAUUCGGAAACAAGUAAAAAUCGGCCCUCCCUACUGCUUCCACAUGCGUGUCAAGUUCUACUCCUCGGAGCCCAACAACCUGCAUGAGGAACUCACCAGGUACCUGUUUGUGCUCCAGCUCAAGCAGGACAUUCUCUCUGGAAAGCUAGAAUGCCCCUUUGAAACAGCCGUGCAGUUGGCAACCUACAGUCUACAGGCGGAGCUGGGAGACUGUGAUCCCGUGGAGCACAACCCUGCGCUGGUUUCAGAGUUUCGCUUCAUCCCCAGCCAGUCGGAGGAGAUGGAGGAAGCCAUCCUGGAAAAGUGGAAGGAUUGCAGGGGACAGACACCUGCACAGGCUGAGCUGAAUUACCUGAACAAGGCAAAGUGGCUUGAAAUGUAUGGUGUGGACAUGCACUCUGUAAAGGGAAGGGAUGGCAAUGAAUACUCGUUGGGGCUCACACCCACUGGGGUUUUGGUGUUUGAGGGAGAAAACAAAAUUGGCCUCUUCUUCUGGCCCAAAAUUACGAGGUUGGACUUCAAGAGGACCAAGUUGACCUUGGUGGUCGUUGAGGAUGAUGAUCAGGCCAAGGAGCAGGAGCAUACCUUUGUCUUCAGACUCGACCACCCGAAGGCAUGCAAGCACCUGUGGAAGUGUGCGGUGGAGCAUCAUGCCUUCUUCCGAUUGCGAGGCCCCUCGAAGACUAACGCCGACCCCAGCAGCUUUAUCCGCAUGGGAUCACGGUUUCGCUUCAGUGGACGGACAGAGUUCCAGGCAACAAAAGUGAGUAAGGCACGGAGAACAUCAUCGUUUGAGCGCAGGCCAAGCAAGCGCUACACCAGGAGAGCCUCCUUCCAGAAAGCAUCAGUUGGACAAAGGAAUUUGCCAUCACUAAGCCCCGAAAAGAACCGUAAUCAGCAUACCCAGCAGCCCUGGAACCGCCCUACCGUGCCCGUGGCAGCCCCCAUCCCCUCGGGACACAUACCCCUGGAGGUGGCACAGCUGCCUGCAAGCCCUGGGAGUCAUGCGGCUGAGAGGAGGCGUGUGCCGCCGUGCCCCUCGCCGGAGGUGCCCACUGCGACGGGGGUGGCGUCGGCAGCGAGAAUUGGCCCGGCCGUGGACACGGGCGCCGUUGCGCCGGGGCACUCCGUGUCGCCCACGGGAGGCGCCCAGCUGCACGCGAGCCAGGGAAGCAAAGCCUCAUCUCCCCUGGCAAUGAAGGCUGAGAAAGAGGCACCCAAGGCAGCGGUGAACAACGCCAACAUUCCCGUGGAGACCAAGGCUCUGUCUGGCCGCACCACGAAUCCCACGGUUCCCGAGGAGAGCCCCACGUGUGGCCCUCCCCCGUCAGUGCUGAGCGCACUCUUGCCUCCAGCCAUACAGGCGCGCCACCCCGCGCUGCUCAGCCAUGCGGACGGCGUGCGCCGUGUGGAGCUGGAGCGGCCACGCACGGAACGGCAGAGCGCGGUGCCUGCACAAGACGCCAGCUGCCCCCUCGGUGCUUCACCGGCUGCGUUUCCCGAACCGUCUUAUUCAGCAAAGAGCUGCGCCAGCAAACACGUGCUUCCUAGCCAGCCUGGCGCUUCACGUUUGAAAGAGCCAGAUGUUUCUCCAACAAUUAAGCUGGACUCUGUGGACAAUGCUGCUCGCUCCUGUGAACCUGCAGGUGCCGAGAGUGAGGGUGAGCAUCGCCUGUGUACGAGAGACUUCUCAAAGGGCACCGACUUUGUGAUUGCAACUGGGAAGAUGGCCGGCAGGUUGGACGAGGGCUUCAAGACGCCAGUGCAGCAUUGCACCUUGAAGCAGCUCUCUGCUGCGCCACCCUCUAAAAGCAGGAUCGAACACAGUCACUGCAUGACAGUUCCCUUGAAGAUGCCAUGUGCUGGGCACCAAUCCAGCCAGAAAGCCACCGGUCCUGUCUCGCAUCAAAAGGCUGCUGUGCCGAGUGAGGCACCAGAAUUCGGCGGAGAUUUAGUCACCACGCGCAAGGAUCACCCUGGUACGAGCUUUCCUGCGGCUAAUGCGGAAAGAUACGGGAUGCUCUACGCCACCACCGAGUCUCGGCCGUUUCACUUUCCCGGCUACGAAUACAGCCCCGGCGAGCUGUCUGAAACUCCAGCCUGCCGACUCGCUCCCAGCACUGAUUGUCCGCCUGUAACUAACGUGGAAGGUGAAGGCGACAAUUUGGGAGUGCUACCCUCAUUGCGACUCUGUGGGAUUUCGGAUGCUGGUGGACCGCUCUCCACAGACCUCGCCGAGCCCCGCGACGGAUCCACCAUCGCCAGCGACGGGGUGUCCUGGCAAAGAACUGGAGCAGCAAAAGCAGUGAAACCAAGGAGAGUAAUGAUGACAGAACUUUAGGCCAUGCUUCUGGAAAAUGUAAACUAUAUGUGCUAACACUUUACACCAUCAACCAUUGUUUUUUUAUCCCGCACAGUACGUGAUUAAUGUCGUGCAUUUUCUUGUAGUGUGACGAAAAUGUUUCAUUAUGCACAUUAUUAUAUUAUCCGCUGUGUUGUGUUAAUAAGAUCAGCCAUAGUACAGUUGGUAGUAUGUUCACACUCAAAUGAGUAUUGACAGAUUACUUGCGCUGUAAUCUGUGCAGUAUGUGCACAGUGGGAGGUGUUCGGAAUAAAUAACCUUGCAAUUACACUCAUUAGGGACUCUUCGUCAUAAGCACAUGUGUGUCGUGUACACACAUGCGAAACUGCCUCUGUCGCUGAACAUUUACCUUGCCUUAAUUUUGCAGAGCUCACAGAAACAGUGUGCAGGGAUCACGUCUGCAGUGAGGUUUUUGCCCACCAGUUUGGUAAUCGUUUCAACGUAAGACUUAAAGUCGGACAAGACAUUGUGUUCAUGCAUUCACCAGACAUCUGCCCGGACGAUGGCAAUGAACAAUUAUGCUGAACCACGCUAUCUCUUGCGAUGCCAUGCUCUCCUAAAGGCACACCGGUGUACUUUGCAUCAAUCCACGCGUGUGGACACCCCAGCUGUGAGUUAGUGGCCAAGCCUUCCUGUGAGGGAUGCUUCUUGGUAAGAGAAUGGGAGGCCCGCCAUGAUUUACUAUCCUAUCACGAUUGGCUCGAGCUCCAAUGCGAUGAGAUGGACAUUUCAGACAAAUUGCACCCAACUGGAAUCGCCUGGUGUGGUGACACGCACCUGUAAUACAGCAUGUACGUACGUAUGUUGAACUUAGUUUGCACCGUACGUAGCCAACCGUGCUAAUUGGAGGUGCAGGGGAAGGACAACAAAAAUAAACAAAAAAACUGUUCUAAAGAAAAAUGAGUUUUCAAUCUAGAUUUAAAAGUGCAUAGCUCCAGUGGCUUCCUAAUAUGGGAAGAGCGUUCCAGAUGGUCACAGAAGCGCAUCUGAAAGCAAGCGAAGCAGUGCCCGUCUUUGUUCGAUGGCUAAAAGCAAUCUGAAGGUCGGGUUCGUGGAUCAUGCAGCAAUCAAAUGUGUGUCAGUGUGGUGCCUGUAUGAUACAGUACAGCAGCUAAGUUGCUGACCUGUCUCGUCAGCUUUAGCGCUGUGCAAGGUGCACGCAUGAAUUAUCUCCUGGGCACCCACGUGCAAAAUGACACAAAAUAAAUUGGCCAAAUAUCCUUGUCAGGACUGCCGCUGAAAGGGCCUUGAAAUUCAGUGAAACUUUCUGGACACAUUUAAUUACAAAUUGUUAUCUAUGUUGAUUUGAAGCUUUCGUGACUUUCGGUAAAGUCACGUAUGUAUAAAAUAAAAUAAAUCACGACGUUUCGGGCGCAACACAAGCGGCCCUCAUCGGUGUUGUGCCCAAAACGUCGUGAUUUAUUUUAUUUUAUACCUGCGUGACUUUACCGAAAGAACCAAAAAGUAUGUUACCUAUGCUUAAGAAACAUUCACAAUGAACAGACUGUCCCUGUCGAGACAUUACCAGGUACAAAAAAAAGUGUGGCAUUAGGGGGGGUAUAUUGGGUGUGAGGUUCAAGGUGGUUAAGUUUAGGGCUCUCCAAAGGGAGGUUAUGUUUACUGUCAUCUUUCAUGCAAAAACGGUUGUUUAUGAAUUUGCGUAAUCACACAUACGUUUAAUGUUAUGACCAGAUUCACAAAACGAUGUAGUGUUGGUGACCUGUAUUUUAACCAUCGUGCACCUAAAAAAAAUCCCUUUAGAUUUGAUAAAUAAGCACUUAUCUGUGAAGUGUCUCGUGGGUUAACAAUGAUAUAUAUAUUUGUUCUGUUGCUGGUUCGUAGGCUAUGCUGUAGAACAGUCACUAAAACACGACAUGUCAUUUCAUUGAUGUAAAGUGGUAUUUAGAUCUAAGUUAUUUAGAUGUACAGGAUACAUGAAUAGAGCCGUUUGUAUGUAGAAUUUACUGUUCGUAGCUUCAAUUAUUUCGUAGCCAUGUAUUGUACCUUUUCAUACUGUUGGUAAUCACGUGGAUAUUAUUGAUGUCACAUUGACGCAGAGAUAAUGUAUCAGUUUUCUAUGAAAUAUACAAUAUUUUAACCUAA